GCGAACCCGAAAUCUCCACCACUACUAACAGGAUUCCCGAUGACGGUGAUGGUAUGAUACGGAGAGUUCUACGGAUGAUACUUUGGGUAGCUGAGGCAAUUUACAUCUUGUGGCUUUUUCUACUUCCUUAUGCCCCUGUAGGGAGAUCCCGUUUGGGCAAUUAAAUCGGACACGGUGAAUUUUCUCGUCGGCCUUUCUCUCAAUUUUUUCUUCAUCUUGCCUUUGAUGAAUAAUGAGUAGUCGGGAUACGAGUUCUUGAUGCCCCAGUUCUUCACCCUAUGUCUGAAGGCUUAUUCAACUUUGUUAUUGGAUGGACCUUGAUGUUCGCUCCUUUGCUAUUCACUGAUAAUAAGAGAGACAGAUACAAGGGCUCACUUGACGUUUUAUGGGGAUUCCAAAUGUUUCUCACUAAUACAUUCUUAAUACCUUACAUGGCCAUCCGGCUGAAUGAGGCUGAGGCUGACGAAACUCGAAGCAACCGCUCUCCGUUAGGCUCUAUAAUGACAAAUGGUGCACCCAUAGUGGGACUGCUGGGUGGAGCUGUAUGUUUGAUCUCUGCAAUGUGGGCUCUUUUUGGCCGUGCUGAUGGAAACUUUGGGAGCAUAGCAGACAGAUGGCAAUUCUUGAUUAGUUAUCUUGGAUCAGAGAGGCUUGCUUAUGCCUUCAUUUGGGAUAUAUGUCUUUACAUGAUAUUCCAACCUUGGUUAAUAGGUGACAACCUUCAAAAUGUUCAGGAGAGCAAAAUUAAUAUAGUGAAUUAUCUCAGGUUUGUCCCGGUAAUUGGCUUGACUGCCUACCUUCUCUUUUUAAAUCCUGAUGACGAACUGUAGUUGGCUCUAGAAUUAUACAGAAAAGAAGACAUCAGUGAGUCAUCUUUAGAGUUUUACCCAGAUUGAAUAAGAGAAGAGAACUGCGUAUCUCGAUGUUGUUUAUUAAUAACAUUUUGAUUGCCCAUUCGUAAUCUAGUAAACUUUUUUGCCUUCCA